AUGUCUGAGCGAAAGGUCCUCAACAAGUAUUUCCCACCUAAUUUCGAUCCUUCGCAGAUCCCAAGGCAGAAGAAGCCAAAGGAUCUUCAGCACAAGGUUAGACUGAUGGCCCCUUUCUCCAUGCGAUGUGAGAGCUGUGGCGAGUACAUUUACAAAGGAAAGAAAUUCAAUGCAAGAAAAGAAACUGUCGAGGGCGAAGCAUAUCUUGGCAUCAAAAUCUUUCGAUUUUACAUUAGAUGUCCCCGUUGCUCGGCUGAAAUUACGUUCAAAACAGAUCCAAAGAAUACCGAUUAUCUUGCAGAGAAUGGUGCAAGUCGUAACUUCGAGCCAUGGCGUGGAGAGGGCGGAGAGGAUGAUAAGGGAGGUGUCGAUGAAGAAGAAGAGGAAAGAGAAGAUCCAAUGCAGGCGCUAGAGAAUCGAACACUGGACUCAAAAAGAGAAAUGGAAAUUAUGGAUGCUCUAGAUGAAAUCCGAACAAGAAAUGCUCGAAGUGAGCGUGUAGAUGUAGAUGACGUAUUGGAUAAGUUUUCAGAAGAAGAUCGGGAGCAAAUCCAGUUAAGACUGACUGCAGAAGAACAAGAGGAUGAAGAAGUCACAAUAUCAUACUUCAAGUCAGGGGAUGGUGAACGUGUGCGAAAGCUGUCAGAUACAAUAGAGCCGGAUGCAAUUACACUUGUCAACCAGUCUGAGGCAGCGAAGGCACUGACUUCAUUUAAGGCAUCAUCAUUCUCACAGCAAGCUAAACGAAAGAAGGAGACUGAGAAACAUAGUCUUGGGCUUGUGAAAAAAAAAGCAGUCUAG